CUCUCAGCCGCUAUGUCGGAAGAGGACAAGAAGGUCGACACCGAGAAGGAGGAGGAGGAAGAGGAGCUCGACUGCAGCCACCCGGAUGUCCUGAACAAGUACCAGUUUGCUGGGAACACGGCAAAUGCGGCUAUCCGUGCUGUUGCCGCCGAGUGCAAGGCUGGCAAGAGCAUCGCAGAGCUCUGCGAGCUUGGUGACAACAUCAUCAACGAGAAGCUCGCCUCGGUGUACAAGGGGAAGAAGAUCGAGAAGGGAAUCGCCUUCCCCACCUGCAUCUCCUUGAACAACUGCUGUGGCCACUACUCUCCUCUCAAGGAAGAUAGCAUCGAGCUCAAGGAAGGCGACGUUGCCAAGAUCGAUCUCGGCGUUCAUGUCGAUGGCUACGUCGCUCUCGUCGCCACCACUAUCGUUGUUGGACAGACUGAGGUGACCGGACGUGCUGCGGAUGCCAUCAUGGCGGCCAAGACUGCAGGAGACGUCAUCAUUCGCAUGUUGAAACCAGGAAACAAGAACCACGCCAUCACUUCCAUGGUGGAGAAGGCGGUCGCUUCCUUCGGCUGCCAUGCUGUCGACGGCGUUGUGUCUCAUCAGAUUAAGCGCUUCACCACUGACGGCACCAAGGUGAUCACCAACAAGAACGUGCCUGGUCACAACAUCGAAGAGUGCACCUUCGAGCAGAAUGAGGCCUAUGCCGUCGACGUCGUUGUUUCUACCGGCGAGGGCAAGUGCAGAGAGCUUGACACCAAGUGCACUGUGUUUAAGCGUGCACCUGAUGCCAAGUACAACCUCAAGAUGAAGACUGCCCGUGAGGCCUUGUUCAAGAUCGAGAAAUCUCAUCCUAAGAUGCCCUUCUCUCUCCGUGAGAUCGAUGACACGCGCACCAGACUUGGUAUCACCGAGUGCGUGAGGCACGAGCUGCUUCAGCCACACCCAGUUUUGUACGAGAAGGACGGAGAGAUCGUGGCUCAGAUCAAGUUCUGCGUCCUCCUCAUGGCCAACGGGCCCGUCAAGAUCACUGGCUCCGACUUGCCUGAGCUGAACGCGAAGUCUGACAAGCAAGUGGAGGACGAGGAGCUCAUCGAGGUCCUCAAACAGUCCAUCAAGAAGAAGAAGAAGUCAAACAAGAAGAAGGAGGAGGAGGGCAACUAGGCCUUUGAUACGCUGCUAGGUUAUUGAUUUCGCGCUUGAUUAAACGGAACUGCAUCUUA